AUGCCUUCCCACGUCUUUGUACCCUUGAUUGCUGGAGUUGCUUUGGCACUCAAGGUCGUUGCUGCAAAGGAGGGCCCAUCUGACUUCCAGGUCUCAUGUGCAACCACCGUCAAUUGCAAAACCACGCAGACAGUAACAUCAACUGUGCCGCCGCAGACAUUCACGACCACUGUGCCCGGAACGGAUGCACCCACGGUGACUGUGACUACCACAACCACCUUGCCAGCCCCUCCUACCACCGGGCGGCCAGGCCAGCCACCAGCGGUGACGAAAACCACUACAACAACGGUGCCGGGUAGAACCACCACUGAAACCACCACUGAAACCACCACCACUUCGGUCCCUGGACCGCCACCAACCUCGUGCCCACCCACUCGGGUUACAGAAACUACGACCCCGGGCCAACCGGAGCCGACAAUGCUCACGUCCUCCUAUGAAUUCCCCACCAUUCUUGAGAUCACCGAUGACUUGGUCUCCGGUGAGCAAUACACGGUGUAUCUGGGAUCGAAAAAGCUUGGAAAGACAUCCGACCCCGCCCACAUCGGAUCGGACACGUGUGGCCAGGACGCUGAGAAAUGCAUUAAGGAAGGAUACUCUCAUGGAUCCUUCCAGAUCCCAGCGGGGGCUCAGUUCAUUACAAUCUCUUGGCACGAUGCGGACCAAGAGGCUAGCUUCGGUAGCGGUCAGUACCGGUUCUCGAGGGAGACACCCUGUGAUGAGUAA